AUGGGAAACGGGUGCUUUUCAAGACCAAACCACUCCAACAGCGUGUCUGACACGUGCAGUCCCACCCACGCUCCGGACAGUGGCAUAUCCGAUGGGAAGGCAGUCUGGGAAGAACGCCUGGUCAAGCUCAUUGGUUUGGACCCGACAUCCGUGCUCCGUGAAUACGCCCGCAAGACAGCCUCGAUUCAUGUGCACGACCCCAGCGACCCUGCGGCCACGUCGGACGACGACCCUGGCAAGAUCGUGCGCAAAACUGUGGCGCAACUCGCGAAACUGUGCAAUGAAACGCACACGUAUGGGCAGCGCUUUGCUGACGUGUGGGACCAGCACAGGGACGGCGAGAUGGAAGACUGCGCUAACGGUGCGGUACCCGGGGAGAGCAUCAGCCGCAUACCGAAGCUCUUCAAAAUGGCAUGCCUGAAGAGUGGCAUGGUUAAGUUGAAGACGGAUUCGGGUGUUGCCAACACUCUUGGUGAUAACGACAUUAUGGUGCCGUCGCAAUGUAAUGUUUGCUCGGCGACGUUCCACCUCAUGCAAUUCGCUUCGCAGGAUGUCCUCUCGUACGGGGAGGGGUUCCUUUCGCGCAUCAUGAGCCUGCCUGGGGUAUCAAUCUACGACACCACCGACUGGAAGGUGGAAAUCUCACUGGCCGACAUCGAUGUACACGCGUUGCAGGGAAGCAAGCAGACCGAGGAGGGAAGUGAAACGGCGGCCCCAGCGUCGGACCACGGCUCCCCGAACUCGAAGAGGAAGGCCAUCAUGAUCCGGCACGAGAAGACAAGUGUGUUUCAGGGUGAGGAUCAGGACCAGAAUCAAGCCCCGGAAUUCCAGUUAACUUGGGAAAUCACCAUGUACAUUGACCAGGAGGUCCUGGGACAAAACUACGCCGCCUUCCAGAGUCUCGGGGCCGGCAGCGAGCCCGAACAAGAGCCGAAAUCCCCCUCGAAGGAUCACCUCGUGAUCCACUCGUUGCCCAGCCCCUCGGAGGAGGACGGCGCCCGCGGGGCGAAGGACGGCAACUCGACGGCCGCAGGGGACGCAGACGCGGACGCAGGUUCCGAGCCCCAGCAUGACGCCCCUGCCGACCCCCAGAACGACGCCCCCGCUGAGGACCAGCAGGCGCAGGAGAAGGAAGCGGAUGAACCCCAGAGUAUCCCCGUGGCGCCUAGCCCGCCGGCGAAACACACGAAGGAAAACCUAAAGCGGGAUGGGAUCACGACGCAACAGCAGGAGGAUAUGAUACGCAAGGAACUCAUCCAUUGCGACGCCAAAAUCAUCAAGGUCGUCAUGGCGAAGCCGUCGCGCACGCUCACUGGGGAGGCCUCAAAGUGCAAGAAGAUGAAACAGGAGCUCACCUCCAUCCUCAAGAAGUGCUAUCAUGUGGAGCCGGUUAUAGUGGAGAAGCUGGAGUUGGGAGAUGAUACUCAGACCGAAUAA